AUGUCUCUUGUCAUUGCUCGUUCGGCCAAGAAGGAGACUUCAGAGCCUAUUUCGCCUACAGAUUCCGAUUUUGAGAAGACUCCAAUCAGCGUAACACGAGUUCUAUCGUGUACAGAAAAGUCAGAUCUCGGCGACGUAUCUGACAGACGUCGAUUCUUCUUCCAGCGGUUUAAAGACGAUAACCCGAAUGCCAUCGCUACCCAGCCGUCUGUCUUCGAUGACCCGGAGUUAGCAGAAGAAUACAGACCUCGACCAGAUUGGGAAAACAUUCAUCGGUUCGAUCCAUCGGCUAGAUGGUCAUGGGGUGAAGAGAACAAAAUUGUUCGGAAGAUCGAUCUUCGUAUUACCUUGUUGGCUUGUGUGAUGCUUAUGGCUCUGGAGCUUGAUCGAUCCAAUAUCCAACAAGCCAAUGCGGACAACUUCUUAACCGAUUUACACUUGACUCGGGACGACUAUAACUUGGGAAACACGAUUCACAGGCUAUGCUACCUACUCGCCGAAGUACCUGCACAGGUCAUGGCAAAAUGGCUCGGCGCCGACAGAUGGGUUCCUUUCCAGAUGACAUCAUGGUCGAUCAUCGCUCUGUGCCAGUUCUGGCUCUCUGGCAGGACAUCCUUUCUGUGCACAAGGGCUCUUCUAGGGUUGCUAUCCGGGGGGUUCGUGCCAACGAUGAUCCUCUACCUUUCCUACUACUUCAAACAUCACGAGCUUUCCAUACGUCUCGGCUUCUGGUAUACAGCAGCUUCUUUUGCGGACAUCCUCGCUGGUUUUCUCGCUUUUGGGAUUCUGCACCUGCGGGGAGUUGGUGGUCACGCCGGUUGGCGUUGGCUGUUCUUGAUUGAGGGGCUGCUCACAUUGACGCUUGGUGUCCUGGCUUUCAUCCUCAUGCCACCGUCACCAACUCAGACGGCGAAUUGGGCCCGAGGCAAGAAGGGAUGGUUUACAGAGAGAGAGGAGGUUAUCAUGGUCAACCGUAUCAUACGAGAAGACCCCAGCAAGGGCACUAUGCAUAAUCGCCAGCCGUUGACCCUCAAACUUAUUUGGCAGAGUUUCAAAGACUACGAUCUAUGGCCCUUGUAUAUCAUAGGACUUUUGUUCCUGAUACCUAGUACAACAAUAUCGCAAUACUUUACCUUGCUGCUAAAAGAUUUUGGAUUCAGCACUUUCAAUACAAUUCUGCUUUCCAUUCCAUGCAACGCGAUGGGUGCUGUGACCCGAAUAGCCCUUGUCUAUGGAGCUGAGGCCUUCGAGUCCAUUGCGUACAUGGGCAUUUUAGCCCAGCUGUGGAUGUUGCCGAUGCUCCUUUAUAUUAAUGCGGUUAAUUUCACCCAAACCAAUAAAUGGGUCGCAUGGACAGUACUCACACUGAUUCUUUCUUUUCCAAACCCCCAUGCGCUUCACGCUGGGUGGAACUCUCGCAACUCGAACAGCGUGCGGACUCGGACAAUCGCAGCUGCAUUAUAUAACAUGUCGGCGCAGACGUCUCAAAUCAUUGGCUCGAACAUAUACCAUGACUCGGAUGCUCCUCGCUAUGUUGUUGGAAACAGGACGCUACUCAUCAUCAUCUGCACUAACAUCGUCCUCUAUGCCCUGACGAAACUAUACUAUGUGAUGCAGAAUCGCCGCCGGGAUAUGAAGUGGCAGGCAAUGACAGAGGACCAGCGAGUUGACUACGUUGCGACAACACAGGACCAGGGGAAUAGAAGACUGGACUUCAGAUUUGCGCAUUAA